AUGGGUGUCUAUGUGGCUAGGAUGGUUGAUGCCAUAUGGUUUCUCCUGGGAUCUCUCAUGAUGAGAAGAAAACAAUUGCCAAUGGCAUCACCAAUGGCUAAUGCUCCGAAAGGCUACUUCGUGGUGUACAUUGGAGAGAUGGAAAAGAAACGAUUCGUCGUCCCGAUAUCCUACUUGAAGCAUCCUUGGUUCCAACAUUUGCUAGCUAGAGCGGAGGAAGAGUUUGGGUUUCACCAACCAGUUGGUGGUCUCAUAAUUCCCUGCAAAGAGCACGACUUCAUGGAUCUUGCUUCACGUCUAAUGUCUUACAACAUAGACAAGGGUUGUGGAAGUAGAAAGGCCGGAAAAACAAAUUAA